GAGAAGCCAUUAGUUAAAAUGAGUGCACUGUUAUAUGUAUUCUUGUCUUUAAAAAAGUGUAGCGCCUGAAAUUUAACUUUCAUAGACUCUGAUGGAAUGUGAAAAAGGCAAUCUGCAUAUGUGUUCUUCAUUGUUGGUAGUUUAGGAUUUUUGGAUAAUGACUAUCUAGGAAAUAGAGUAGUAUCUGAUUUAUCUUUGAUGAACAAUUGAUUGUUUUCGAUGACAAUUGUUUUCGAUGACAAUCUGGUGUUCUCGACGUUCGAACGACCAAGAAUGCUCCGAGACCACAAAAUUUACGUUUUCCUCAUAGUUUCACAAACUGAUCUGUAGUUCGUCAUCAGUCUUAAAUUCUCAUAGUCCACGAAAUUCACUUUUCUAAAUAUUCUUACGUCAGUUGGAAACUACAAAGUUUACGUUGCUGAAUAUUCUUACUUCAGGAUUUAUAGUUCCUUUUAAGUUAGUCGUAUAUGCUUGGAGAACACGAAGUUUACGUUUUCUCAAUAUUCUUAAUAUUCUUACUUCAGGAUUAGUAGUUAGUUAUAAGUUAUCUGUGCCAAAAUCAAAAACGAUUAUACCUUUACAAAAUAUUGCUGUAGAAACCCAGCAAUGUAUACGUGUAUUAAUGUAAAAGUUUAAACAACUGAUCGUCUAUAUCGAUAAUAAAAUGUUACCUGGUAAAUGGAAUGGUAACAUGUUGUAUAAAAUAUGAGGAUGAUACUUAUAACAAGGAUGCUAUCAAUACAUUAUUCAUAGUCUAAAGUUACAGCAUAUAUAUGGCGUUUACUACAACACGUGCUGGGGAUUUACAACUUAGUCUGACUUAAAAGUGUGUUAAGGAUGUAUAAAGUGUAUACACAGAACUUGACUUAGAAUGUGAAUGAAAAAAGGAAUAAUUUCAUGAAGGGUGUGGAACGGACUAGAGAACUGGGAUGGACAGUAUUAUUGGGUCGGUUGGGAGAGUUGCCAACGUUAAAGUCCGUAAUGACGAUGACAUUGUUGAUAGACUAAAUCAUUUCUAUACUACUGGAAUACUGAUAAUAUUUACUGUAGUUGUUUCCGCCAGGCAAUAUGUUGGCGAUCCCAUUAGAUGCUGGUGCCCUGCAGAAUUUCCUGGUACUCAUGUUGAUUAUACGAACAAUUUAUGUUGGAUAAAAGACACUUAUUAUAUUCCAAUGGAAUCUCAAGUUCCAUCACUGGAGCAUAUCCAUCUCCGAAAAGAAAAGGAAAUUAACUAUUAUCAAUGGGUACCAGUUAUGCUUCUCAUUCAAGCCUUAUUAUUUUAUUUACCUUGUAUAAUCUGGCGAAUUUUGAAUGGACAUUCUGGUAUAAAUGUUGAUCGGAUAGUGAGUUUGGCAAGUGAUGCCAUGAUGGAAAGUCCAGAAAACAGAGCCAGGGCUAUAAAAUAUCUGGUCAGACAUUUGGAUCGUUGCCUUGACAAUCAACGAGAAACGAGACAUGCGUGUUGUGUAAAAUUAAGGCACAUCCUGUCUGCAAAUUUAAAUUUGCUGUGCGGAAGAAAAUAUGGAAAUUUUCUUGUAGCAGUGUACUUUCUGAUGAAAAUUCUUUAUAUCAUGAAUGCAGUUGGACAACUUUUUCUAUUAAAUGAAUUUUUAGGAUCUAAUUACAAGGUUUAUGGAUUUGAAGUGCUACAAGAAUUAACGGAAGGAAAGGAAUGGUCAGGUUCACAUAGGUUUCCAAAAGUAACAAUGUGUGACUUCCGAAUCAGACAAAUUACAAAUCUGCAGCACUACAGUGUUCAAUGUGUUCUUCCGAUCAAUAUUUUCAAUGAGAAAAUCUAUAUAUUUAUGUGGUUUUGGUUAGUGUUCGUUUCUAUAUGCACGUGUGUAAAUUUUGUUAUGUGGUUCUGGUACAUGCUUUUUCCAUCGACAAGAAUUCAUUUUGUUAAAAAGUUUCUGAAACUUAUGGAACGGAUCACUACUGGUCCUGAAAGGAAACUUGUAGGUAGAUUUGUGUUAGAUUAUUUACGACAUGACGGUGUCUUUACAUUGCGACUCAUUGGAAAAAAUUCUAGUGAGAUUGUAGUAGCUGAAAUAGUCGCUGGCUUAUGGGAUAUUUAUCGCAGCAAAAAAUCAAUACAGAUCCGAACUAACAUAACUGGACAUGAUCUUAAUGUUAUAGAAGGGGAGGAUGUAUGACUAGGCCGAAAUGGCACAGGAACCGGAAGUAUGCGCAAGGAUAUUCUUGACACAGAGCUGGCAGAGGAAGUGUGUGCAUCCACGGUAUAAAUUCCGAACAAUUUCGAUUGGAAAUCUAGUUUCUAAUUUUGAUAGCACAAAUUCGGUGUCAUCGAUAGCUAAAUCGUGUGGGUUGUGGAAAAGAAAAAAAUAAGAAUCAUUCCAGUUAUCAGAAUGUUGAUGAAUUUCCGAAAAUCAAAAACACAAGUCGUUUCAUGAGUAUAUUUCAGAUGCAUAAUAAUUAAUAUUCACAGCAAUUAGUUUUCCUAGUAUAUAGAAUCAAAUAUGUUAAGAAUACUGUAAAAGAACUUUUGACAAAUCAUGGCUCAGAAAGGUAUUUUAAUUAGAGACAUCUUAUCGUAUUAGUUGAAACGCUGUUUAAAAAGAGAAAGCAUUACAAGUUUUACAUGUUUUGAACUUGAUAGUAUAUCUUAUUUCUGUUAAUCUACAUUUGAUUUUGAUAAUACUUUCGCCAGAUAUAAAGGAAAAUGCAAAAAUUUCAAAGAAUAAAUGCAAGCUAGAAAAAUAUUAACACGAAACAAUUUUAUCCUCAUCUGGUUUCCUUAUAAAUAUAUUGCUCCAUUCACACAAAAAUUGACUGCGUUUAGGAAAUAAAACAACAUGUUUCUAUCUACAUAAUAAUCUAUAUCUGUCUAUUGAUGAAAACACGGUCUUAGUUUUGCCAAUGUAUUUCUCAAAAGUGUUUUUGACGUUUUCAUUCCCACUUCUAAACGUUUUGUCAUUCGAAACAGUAUUUACAAGAAGAACGAGCACUUUUAUUUUAUCUUUUUAUUUCCUAGGUAAUUCCCGAAGGUCGAUGGUUCUCUCUGUACACUCCGCCUUCCUCCACCAAUAAAAACCGUCACGAAAUAGCCAAUAGUGCUGAAAGUGGCGUUACACUAAUCAAUCAAUCCUUUAGUAAUUCAUGUACUAGAACCGUAUUUGUGACACAUAACAGUUAACAACGAUUAAUAUUUGAUUCGUCUCGUACAACCGCGGAUGCCUCUUGGGUUGCACUUUUCCGUCGCAGAAAUUAGGUUCAGUUUCUAUUCCCCAUGGAGAAAAGGGGUAGGGAGGAGUGUAAGGCAUAUUGUGUGUGGUAUCACUUCUGAAGAAAUUGUACUCUCAUUUCCAGUUGAUUUCAAAAUUAUUAAAAUCAAUUUUUGUGUGAAUGAUGUGUGCUUGUCAGGCAAAUGCAAUUGUGAUUUUUUGAACCCAAACUAUAAUGAUUAUAUGUGUACGUACUUUAAAGAUGCCGUAAAAAAGAAUACAAAUCGCCAAAUUUAUAUGUUCAAACAUUGAUUUCAAGAAACUAAAACUAAAAAAAAAACCAAACAAAUAAGAAUAAGAACAAAGUACAGAUGUUUUUGUUUUACGAAUAUUAAGCGAGUUUCAAAAGUUUCUAUGAAUCAAAGUAGUUUGCAUCUUUUAAAAUGUCAUAUAGAGUAACAUACAUGUAUUAGGUAUUUUCGUAACAUACAUGUAUAAGGUAUUUUCGUAACAUUUAAUUUAAAGAGUAUAUUAUGUUUUCUCUCUAGGAAUUGGUCAUUACACUGUAAAAGUCGUGCUUAGAAAUUAAACACUUGUAUUACAUGUUUAGAUCUAAACGUGUUUAGGAUUGUGUUUAAUUUCUAAACACAUUUCUCAGUAAGCACAUAAUAUCUAAACAUGUCUUGAAUUUAAACACUUUUAAUGUGUUUAAAAAUGAAAGUGUUUAGAAAUUAAACACUUUUUUCUAAGCUAAACACGAUUCUAAACACAAUCCUAAACACAUUGUACUGAGACACGUUUAGAUCUAAACAUGUAAAAAAAAGUGCACAAAAGAUGUGCUUAGAAAUGUGUUUAGGAUCUAAACACCAUUUUUACAGUGUAUAUACCUGUUCUUACUAAUGCAUGUCGUAGAAAUAUUUGCUGAGGCGGCGUAAAGCAAACACCAAUCAAUCAAUCAAUCGUAGAAAUAUUUUACUGUUUUAUGGCCUAAAUGUAUUUUUCCGGUAAUUUUUAGCUAUUUAUACCAGUGGUUAUAAGAGACAGAAUAAGGAUGCCAAAAGCAGAUGUCAAAUUUUAUAGCCUUAUUUAAAAGAUAUGCAAUUAGAAUCAUGAAUUUACACGGCACUUGUGUAUAUAUACCAUGCAAUUAUAAAUAAUGUAUUUUUUUCACGACACUUGUAUGCAUGUACCAUGCAUUUAGAAUCAUGUCUUUUCACGUCACUUGUGUCAUUGUACCAUAAACUAUAAAAUUGUGUCUUUUCACGUCACUUGUGUACCAUAAGUACAUUCUUUUGGAAUAACUGUUGAUGUUAUUUUUGAGACGGCUGAAUUUCUAUGCGUUCUUUUCAAAUUUCCGUAAGUCUUUAUAUUGUUAAAUACUGUUCUGAAGAGGGUUAAUUUGAUGAUUAUUCUGGAUUUAAAUGUUUAUAUUAACUUGUAAUUUGCGUCAACAUUAAAAUGUAAAGUGGGUACAUAAGUGUUAUUUACGUAACAUUUUUACAUUUGUUUAUACGUUGUGUAAAUUUCAUACAAGAAUGUUCAUAGAAAAAAAAAGAAAUGUAAAUGAUAUUGAAAUCAUUUGAAAAAAGCAUCAGAAUUUGUGUAUAUUGUUCUUUAAGUAUAGAAGAUAGCGUAAUGUAAUGUGUUACCCAUUUGUACUUCAGUAUUAUUUCAGUGGCUUGUUGGGUAUGAUUAGGGAGUUCAAAUUUUAAGACAAUUUAAUGAUAUAAUCCUCUCUAAAUGUGUGAUCAAGUGACAGUGUUGUUGUGUACAGUAAAUUACUGUAGUAUCCCUGAUAAAUAGUUUUGUACGGUAAAUUACUGCAGUAUCCCUGAUAAAUAGUUGUGUACGGUAAAUUACUGCAGUAUCCCUGAUAAAUAGUUGUGUACGGUAAAUUACUGCAGUAUCCCUGAUAAAUAGUUAUAGAGUGAACGAACUGUUAUGUCUCUGACAAACCAACACACGAUGUGGGGGAAAUAUAUGACUUGCUGAAGAUGAUUUUUUUGGGGGCAAAGUGGCUAUGUUAUAAUUCAGCAAUCAUUUAAAUUUUCUAUUACACAACUGUCCUUAAAAUGUAUGAUACCACUCAGUAUCUCCCGCUAUUAUAAAAACAAGUUUAAGACCAAACAUUGAGAAAGAAACAGCCUAGAACAAUAAGAUGAUAUCGAAAACGUUUUUUUUUUUAUUGUUUCUGAAAUCUAUAAUACAAAUCUCAAUUUUGUAAUCGGGGGAAAUGGGGUCGGAGUCCUCUGUGGCCGAGGGGUCUCAGUAGCUCAUCUACAGUGAUCAGGUUAGCCUGUAAACUCUUAAGGUUGCUAGUUCGAAACCUAUUAUUGACGAGGUGUGUUCGACUCUCUAUUAACAAGGAUUGCCAGUUUUCCUGCCGAAGGUCGGUGAUUAUUUCCGGGUACACCGGUUUCCUUCCCCAAUAAAAACCGGUCGCCAUGAUAUAUCCAAGUUCGCUGAGAGUGGCGUUAGACACCAACCGCAUACAACAGCAAUUUUUUAUCUAUGUUAGUUGUAUGUACAAGGCAGUAAACAGACUUUCGAAGUCCAGAAGUCUUAACAAUUACAUUGUAAGUAGACAAGUACUUAAAAUCAUACUGCACAUUAAAUGUGCGCGAAUCCUGCUGUUUUCUACACGAUCUCUGAAUGAUGCAUAUCAAAAAAAUAUAUUUAGAAAAAUCACGCAUUUAUACAAAAUAAAGGCUUGUCUUAUAACAACGCCAUUCAUAGAUACAUCUUAUAUACAAUUUCUGUCCAUUUUAUUAUCUUUUCUUUUAAGUAUACAUCUUUGUGUAAAUAAAUCAUAUAACAAAAUCGGUGGAUAUAAAAGGCGGUUGUCUCCGAAAAAUUAUAAAAUUUGAAAAUCUGAGCCGCCCGCUAACAAGAUCUGCUAUCAGAAAGGGGGAAUAAUUCGUAUUUAUUUUCUGCUGUUGAUAAUGCUUGAGGAGAGGUCUUUUACAAAAAGCUGUUUGAUAUUUUGCUUUAAUUAAAUUUUUUAUGUUUAAUUAAUUAUAGCACUGGUUAUAUCCGACAAUACACCUUUCAUCGUUUAAUGCCCUGCUUCUCAGCUAUAUGGGAUCCUGGCCCAACCUUCCUCUUCGCGUCAGUCCGCUGUCAAUCCCUGGCUAUAUGCACUUGGUAGAUAUAAGCACAGCAUUAAAAAAAGUAGGAGUAAAAUCAGCCCCUCUAAAGUAUCAAUUUUGAAUUGGAACUUGAAAACCUAGUCUGCCACUGAAUAUGAAAUUAACGUCCUUCUAACACACAUUCUAGGUACAAAUAAUCAAGCUUUUUAUUUACAUAUAUUUAUUUUAGCAUAUUAAUUGGUUUCAAAAGGAAAUUAUAAAAAAAAUUUAUCAUCUAAACUAAACAUAGGAAAGAGACAGUUGUACUCUUCUCAAAUUAGAUCUACAAGUGGAAAAAAUAGCUCGAGGGAUAUUUACGGUGUAAAUCUUCAGGUUACGUUUUGUCUUAAAAGCAAAGUUUUUACUUGAUUUCUUUCAAAUACAGGGGAUCGCUAGAAAUAUCAACCUAUGUAUUUGAUAUAAAGAUGUGUUUCAAUUCAACUUUUAUUCCCAGUUAAAUUGUUCGUUUAGAGCAUGUAAGUUAAUAUAAAUCAUAAACCUCUACAACAUUCAAACUGAACAAAUAUUAAUAGGCAGAGGACAGACCCAGUACAAAGAGGGAUAACUCUAUUUGUUAAAUCUAACUUUAAUCUUUUGUUUUUUUUUCUUACUUACCUGGAAGAUUUUAUUUAGCUGCAGAUUAAACAUGUUAAAAGUAUAAAUUAAAUCUAAAUUUUAAUUUGUCAUUAUCCAAAUAAAGAAAUUUUCUAAAUCACUGUUUCUCAGGUUUGGAAACUGUUGAUUAGAUUUUCUAAGUAUUCGUAUCUUGGUGAAUUAUCAAGAGGAUAUUAAAGGACACAAUCCAGUUCAUUUUCUAUUAAGUUAUGUGAACAGUUUGACAGCGGCUCCGAGUUGUUGGUCCACCAAAGAUGAGCUGGAUAAAGAUUAACAUCUACAUUACUACAUGCUACAAUUCAUAUUUAUUUGAUCAAUGUUUAUUAUAAGAGGUACAUAUAUUUCAAUGUAUUUAUUAUUGUUUGUUGAAGUUUAUGUUUACUUAUUUAGCUGGUUGUGUUUAUUGUUUAAAUAUAGAUUUAUUUAUAUUUGUUGUUUAGAUGACAUUUUGUUAUGAGAACACGAGGGUCUGGAUGGGGUUUAUAGAAUAGAGAAUAAUGGACAAACAAUACAGAAUUAAAGGACAACAAAAUGAAAAAAAUAGCAAAACAAUAGACAAAAAAUAAGGAAGAAUGGGUGCUUAGAUAAAAAACAAACAAAUCAAGAAUACAGAAAAAUGGCCUCAAAUUGGAAGAAUACAGAAAAAUGACCUAAAUAUUGGAAGAAUACAGUAAGGAAGGACCCCUAUUCAGACCCUUAUACAUCUGAAUGUGAUAAAAUGUAUACAUGUAGUAUGGAGUUGUGAUCUUGUUUGUGAUAGAAGUCAUUACUAGUUGUAGUAAUGAUUGAACUUCCAGGGUUAAUGGAAUGUACUUCAUUUUUUAGCGGUUUAAACUUUUUAUAAGUUAAGAAUUUACUGUUUGCCACUUUGACAGAAAAAUGAAACGUCUAAUAUAGACUAUAUUAACUGUACGAAGAAAGAUAACUCUAGUUAAUUUAAAUGCAUGGUUCGACUAAGACCAAUCCAUCGCAAUUAUCUUCAUUACAUCUGCUUUAUUUAACAUUGAAAUAAUUUUACUGUAACAAAUCAAAACAAGCUUUGAAUGACCAUCUUACAUUUUUACGUAAUAAAAGCCUUUUAACAGUAAUAUUGUUUAUACGAAAACUUUGCACCAUAGCAAUACAAUUCAAAUUUGUAACUAGCUCUGUGUUUUGAACAUCAUUCUCUGUUAAAUUUUAACCAACUACCGCCUUCCUUGUUUUUAUAUAAUUUGAAAAAUCCCUUAAUUUCUCCAAAUUUUGUGGGUGCUUUUUUUAAGUCAUGACUUGUUUGAAAUAUUUUAGGAACAUCAUUACUCAUCUCAUCUAGUUACGGUAUGCGCAAUUCAUUAUUUUUUGUUAAUAUUCAAAGACUAAAAGUCGUUUUUUUACUGGUUAAGCAAAGCGUUCUAGUUCAUCAUAUACUAUCUGGUAGCUUUGGAAAUAUAUAAUUGUGUGUGUCGUAGUAACGGGUAUAAAAUACCCAAGAAAUGAUUUUUUACAUUGGUUGUUUUUGAAAUAUUCAUAAUAUUUGUAAUUUAUUCACAUUUCUGUUAUACAAGUCACGUAUUCCUAUUUCAUGUUUUGUAAAUACAAAUAUAUAUAUCAAUUGUCCUACUUGUUGCCAGAUGACUAUUUGAAUACAAUAUUUAUUUAAAA